AUGGAAAAAAAUUCAUCAAAAUCAUCAACACAAGAACAAAACAAUAUUAUGUUUGAUGAUAACAAUAAUACAAAAUCAUCAUCUACACCAUUAUCCACCACGCCAUCAUUAUCGUUGACAACAACAACAAAAGAAUUCAAAGUAGAAGAAGGUGGCGAGGAAAAUAAAGUAGAAGAUGCAUAUAAUGAGGAAACAGAAGAAAUUAAUUGGGAUUGUCCUUGUCUAGGAGGAAUGGCAAAUGGUCCUUGUGGUGAACAAUUCAAAGUGGCAUUUUCUUGUUUUGUUUAUUCAAAAGAAGAACCAAAAGGUAUUGAUUGUCUUGAUGCAUUCAAAGAGAUGAACAAUUGUUUCAAACAACAUCCUGAUAUAUAUCGUGAUGGAGGUAUAUUUUCUACAGCAAUAGUACAAACAGAACAUAAAAGGAAUAUAUAUCGAUAUAACAUGAACCCAUUCAAAGAUAAAUUUGGCAAUGAUAAUGCUGGUGGAGAUGUAAUUAUUUUUAGAGAAGGUUGGAUCAAAGGAAUCUUUGGUAGACAACUUCAACGAAUUCAAGAUUUAGAAAUUUAUAAAGAGUUGCAUAAAAAUUUUAGAUAUUUGAAAAAUAAAUGGUGGAAUAAUUGGAGUGAAGCAGAUAAAACAAUAGCAGUAUUAAUUGGUAUUAACACACUAGUUUUUUUAAUGUGGCAAAUUCCAACUUUACGACCAUUUAUGACACAAAAUUUUCUACAUAAUCCAUUAUCAGGCCGGUCAUACACACUUCUAACAUCAACAUUCAGUCAUUUGGAAAUAUGGCAUCUUGCUUUGAAUAUGUUUGCACUGUAUUCAUUUGGUGAUUUAACACAUCGUAUGGUUGGUGGCCGUGAACAAUUUUUAGCAUUAUAUUUAUCAUCAGGAUUAUUUUCCUCAUGUGCUAGUCAUGUCAUUACUUUGAUGACCAAGGCACCAUUAGCAAUACUACCAACAUUAGGGGCUUCAGGUGCUAUAUUUGCAUGUGUAAGCGUAUGUGCUAUCAAAAAGCCUGAUUUAUCAGUUGUUUUGAUUUUUUUACCUAUUUUUCCAAUAAAAUUGGGGUAUGCAUUUCCUGCUAUGUUGGCUUUUGAUGUUUAUGGAAUUGUUUCAGGAAUGACAAUUUUUGAUCAUUAUGCACAUUUGGCAGGAGCUCUGUUUGGAUAUUUCAGUAGCAGUAGAAAAUCAUUGGGUUGA